AUGGGCUCCGGAGGAAAUGGGCCGCGGCGGCUGAUUCAUUGUCUUUUUAAACCAGCCACCAUCAUGUCUGACAUCCAGAAGGCCAUGGCUCUCCUCAUCACCUCCUUCACUAAAUACUCCAGCAGGGAUGGACACAAGAACACCCUGAUUAAAGAGGAGCUGAAAGAUCUUCUGCAGGAUGAGUAUGGACACAUGCUGCGUGACGGCAAUGGCAAGGAUAGAACGGACAAAUUCUUCAAACAAAUGGACGAGAACAAGGACGACAGAGUGGAUUUCGUGGAGUUUAGUAGUAAUCAAGACAAAGAUGGGAAACUGAGCAAAGCCGCCUUUCUACAAAUGCUGAAGAAAGAAAUGCCAACGUUUGGUCAAUCUAAACCCAUUCCACCAGCCAUGCCUUCAGAACUGGAGACAGCCAUGGAAUCCCUCAUCACGGUGUUCCACCGCUAUGCCUCAAAGGACGGUCGCUCUGGCACUCUCAGCCGGCGAGAGCUCCGGGAGCUCAUGGAGAACGAGCUGUCUGGUUUCCUAAAGUCUCAGAAGGACCCCGCUGCUGUAGACAAGAUCAUGAAGGACCUGGACACCAACGGGGACGGCCAGGUGGACUUUGAGGAGUUUGUUUCUCUGGUUGUUGGACUGUCGAUUGCGUGUGAGCAGUGCUAUCAGAUGCACAUGAAGAAGACGGGGAGGAAAGCACUUGUGACCACCCCUCCUCCCUCUGUCCACUGCAGAGAACUCACUAUCUGUGCCAUGGAGAUCGCACUGCAGAUCGACUUCCACCCUUCCGUCUCUCUGGACCUCCGUCUCGAUUGUCUUUUUAAACCAGCCACCAUCAUGUCUGACAUCCAGAAGGCCAUGGCUCUCCUCAUCACCUCCUUCACUAAAUACUCCAGCAAGGAUGGAGACAAGAACACCCUGAAUAAAGAGGAGCUGAAAGAGCUUCUGCAGAAUGAGUUUGGAGAGAUGCUGUGUAAAGCCAAUGACAAGGCAGCAAUUGACCGAAUCUUCAACGACCUGGACAAAGACAAGAACAACAGUGUGGAUUUCGGGGAGUUUGUCAGCAUGGUCUGCUGCCUCACUCAGAUGUGCCAUGAGUACUUCAUCGGCAAGAAAUAAGAAACCAAGCGCCACCUCUAGGCCAGCUGAGAGAGCUGCCUUUCAGUGAGAUGGAGGACCAUGGAGUCACAAAAACCCCGCUGUAAUGCAAAAAUCAAAUAAAGUAGUUACAGUAGUCCAUAGUAGUUACAAUUUUCUGUGAUACAUCAGGUUGUUGUGAUGCAAACACUCAUUAGUGUUCACUGUCUUCAGAUCCUUGAU